AUGGCGGCGUUCAGAAGAGCGUACGACAUCAUCCAGCAGACGAUUGAAAGUCUAGACAAUCCAGCUAUUACCUCGUUCGAAAUUGAUGGAAUAUCGCUAAGGCUAGACUAUCUAACUCGUACACUAGUGAACCUUGAUAGUAACUGUGCACCAACAGAUGGAAUUGUUCAACUUUUGGGGGAGACCAGCAGUUAUCUGCGUGUUAUGGAUGUACAGUCGACUGCUUGUGCCAUUGAGUUUGCCCCAAAAAUAUUUUCUGGAGGUCGUGGACGUCCAUCGUUCGAAAUCAAAGAGGAACAGUUGUCUUUUCUUAUCGACCAGGGCUUCCAGGUCCCCGUUAUUGCCAAGUUGUUUAGGGUAUCGCCACGAACGAUUGAAAGAAGAAUGGCAAAUUACGGCCUGUCGAUUUCAGGUAGACUAUUUUAA